GAAGCAAAAGACCUCAUACGAUCGAUAUUGCAAUUGGAGCCAUCGGAGCGACCAACAUUAAAACAGAUUUUGCAACAUGCAUGGUUUACAAUAAAAGAUGAGGAAGAAGAAUACAACGAUGAUGAUGAUGAUGAUUGGGCUACAGAUGAAGUAGCCGAUGACGAAUCAAUAUCAUCAAUCGAAGAAGAAAAUAGUGUGAAGGAACCUACAAAAGAAAUAACAGUUAUCUCACAUUCCAAAGAUAGUCAUCUAGAUGCAACAAGUCAUCUUGAACGACAACGACAAGAAAUUUUUUUAACAAAACAAAACACUUCAUCUCAAAAUAAUUAUCCGAUGACAUAUACUCGAUAUGGUCGGUAUAAUAAUAAUGACAUUGCACCCUCAGCUUUUAAAAGUCGAAUGAAAGUCUUUACACCUGCACCUAGUUCAUCGAUGCAAAAAACUUGGGGACCUUCAACGUCAAAAACAUCUAGAAGAUCUUCAAUCGAUAGUAAGGCUUUUAAUGAAAAAGUUUUAUUUACAACGCCCGAAGAAAAAGAAUUACUAGAAAAACUAGACAGCUUAGGAUUUGACAUAGCAGGGAUUAAAAAUAGUGUUUUGGAAGGUAAAGUUGAUUCCGCAAGUGGACUUUGGUGGCUUUUGCUAACUAAAUUAAGAAAAAAGAAAAAAAUUGAAGGAGCACAGAGUUCUGUAACAACAGUAGAUGUAGCUGUUGGUACGAGUGAUGAUGAAAUAAAUAUAGAGGAAGAAUCCGAAGAGGAAAAUGAAGUUGAUUCACCAAUAAAUAAUGCUGAACUUGAUAGAACAUAUCACGUAGAAGAAGAAAAAGUGGUGGAAAACUCAGAAGAAAUAAUACCGCCAACACCACCACCAAAAACUUAUCAUGCAGCUCCUGCUUCACGUGAAAGGCGUAAAUCGUUAAUAUUAUCGCAUCCAGAGGCUGUUGAGCCCGUUUUAACCACAAUUACUGCCAUGGCUUCUCCUCCUUUAUCACCAAAAAAAUAUUCCUCAUUUACCAGCCCUAUAAGUUCACGUUCAGUUAGUCCAAUACCGCUUAGUAAUACCGCGCCAAUGCCUAUACCUAAUGGGAAGAGUAAUCAUCGGAAGAAAGGAUUUUUGUCAACGUUGUCAACGAUCAAGGGAUGGUGGGUCGGAUCAAAUAAUCCAAAAGACGCUAAUAAUGCAUAUAAGAAAAGUAUGCUAAAUUGGGCGGAAAGUGGUGUAGUAGUCCCAGCUGAUUUAGUACAUACAAAAUCGCGAUUCAACAGAAGAAGUGGUAAUAAAACACCACCAGGUUAUGAUGGUACAAAUAUUAACCUAUCAAGAAGAUCAUCAAUAAAUCGUAAUUCAUUGAGAGAUAAAAAGAAGAAGAGAGGCUCAAUACAAGGAAGCAAAGGGAAUAAACGUACUACACCUGCACCUAUAACGAUAUCUCCUGUUACACCUUCUGUUGUGCUUUCACAGAAUUCACCUACAAGUAUGUUACCGAUACCCGGAACACCACCGGCAGCGAGACCUAGAACAACUACUUUGUUUACUAAAAAUCGUCGAAAUCCAUUUGCAUAUCCAGGUUCAUCCUGGGGGCGUAAGCAGGUUAAACGACGAAGCAUAGGAGCUAAUUCAAUAAAUAUUUUAGUGGACAAUUUUAAUGCUGCUUCCGGUUCUGGUUCAUCUGAAAAUAAUAUUAUUAAUAAUCAGGAAAAUAGGGACACUUUUGAGAAAAGAGCGAUAGAAAACAUUAUUCUUGAUGGAUUUGAAUCCAAGAUUAUAAAAGAAAAAUCCACAAUAGAUGAACAAUUAAUGGUUGUAGAAUCUUCAAAAUCUAAAACAAUAAUAUUAGCUUCACCUCCACCAACACCACCACCUAAUAAUAUCAGAACUAAUCCAUCUCAAAUAUCUAAACAAGAAUAUAUAGGAUUACACAAAAUUGAUGUAUCUCCACACAAGAUAUCAGAAGAGACUUUAGCAUCAAGUGACGAUGGUGACGAAUCAGAAUAUGUUGAUGCUGCAAGCACUUUUACAUCUAAUCCAAGGUCGCGUACAGCAUCACCCUCACCGUCAACUUCAGCCUCAUCAUCUCCGAAUGAUUCACCAGUAAUCAAACCCGAUGAUACCACCAUGAACCCACCUGCAUUCCCUUCACCACCAUCACGUCAACCUAUUCAGAUAAGUAUUUCACCACCAAGAAAUUUAUCACAAUCCCCAACAAGUCCGGUUUCACCACCUUUAUCCCCAACAGAUUGUGAUGUAGAUAUUCCACUUCGUAAUAAAAAGAGUCAUAAUCGUCUAGCGUCAUAUCCACCAGUUCACUCCGAUGUAUUACAGACAUCAUCUGGAAGAGGUAAACAAUUAGAAGAGAAAGUAUCACCUGUUGAAAAACCGCUAACUACUACAAAAUCUGUAAUGAAUCAUUUAAUGUCAACACCGCCAGAAUCACCGAGAUCAUCUUCACCAACACCUUCAUCACCACAUUUGUCAAAACCUUUUAAUAAAUUAUUACAUUCCCGCUCUCAUUCUUUACCUUCAACAGCUUCAUCAUUGAACAUUGUUAAUGAAGACAAUAUUGAAGAUAAUCAUCAUAGUAGUAGUAAUACAAAUGGAGCAAUGAACAAUGGUAUAGACAUUCCAAUUAGUAGUAGACGUAGUGAAUCUAGUUUUAGAAGAGAUUCUUCACCUUCACCACCAAAUAUGCCAUUUAAUGUUUCACAGAUGAUGUUCUUACAUAAUAAUGGGAUAAAUCCACGGCGUGGUAGUCCUUUAACAUCGAGAAGUUCGCGGAGACAGCCAGCAAUGAUUAUGGAAGAAGAUGAAGAGAGUUAGUUUUUUUUAAAAAAAAGUAAUAAUAAUAAAAAGGGUGCAUUGGCAUCUAAUGGACUAUUUUUUGGGAAAUGAGUUGUAAUAUUUAGUUUGUUGUGGUUAUAUCUUUACAUAUUCUUAAAAAAAAAAUUAUUGUUGAUUAGCUCUCGUUUUUAUUUA